GCGGCAAUUUAAGCAUUUUAGGCGCAAGCUUGGUCGACGGGCACGCUGGGCUCCAGGGAAGGGGCAUCGGUACGUCAGCAUCGUCCACAGCCUCUCCUGCCGCGCUGCGCUUCAUCUCUGCGCGACUCCGAGCCGCAUAAGAGCGUCCUUGCACGGGCGCCAAUUUGCUGCAAGAGCACGCGCGUAGACGCCGACGCGCCCAUUCGCUGCCAGCGCACGCGCGCAUUUGACCAAGGCACGGAAGCACUGCCGCAAGCGCCCGACGACACACAAUGCCGCCCCGCAAGAAACGCUCCGCCUCGGCCCCGCCGAAAGGCUCUGAAGCCUCGCCCUUAAAGAAGGCCGCCAUCGAGGCGAUCACCUGUCCGAUUACACGCCAAUUGGUCGUCGAUCCUGUAGUUGCGGAAGAUGAAAAUACCUACGAAAGUGCGGCCAUCCGCCAGUGGCUCCAGUCCAAUUAUAGAAGUCCGAUGACCAAUGAAAGGAUGGGCGAUCGACUGACGCCGAACAGACACGCGCGGCUGAUGGUCGAGGCCGCCGUCAAGGAGGGCGCCGUGCCUUCGGAGGACGCGGCCCAGUGGCACAUUUCGUCGGCGAAAUUAUUGGCGUCGGGCGACGUGCCCGGCGGCAUGUCCUCUGCCAUAGAGCAUCUGCGCGAGGCGCCCAAGACGCCAGAAACUGAUCUACUGUUGAGGUGUGCUACUCUACGCACUCAAAUGGAUUCGCUGCGAAACGAGGCCGCUUCGCUCGACGUGCAGGGCGUCGACGCCUUCUUUACGAUGCCAGCGCAACCUCGGGCGGACGGCUGGCGGCCGCCGGCGGGCUGGCGGCCGUUGGAACGCUUCGACGAUACGUUGGAUGGCGCUUUGGUCCGAGUCAUACCAGAUAGAGACGAAUUCCAGCGACUGUGUGAACGACCGGCGCCGGGCGCCGUCGAGGCUGUGGAAUGGUGCGACGACAUGGAGGCCAUGUGCGGGCGCCACUACGCGAUCGAGGCGGUCUACUCCAAUUCCUGUGGCUACGAGCUGACCAAAUCAGAUACCGAUGAUACCUUCGCGGUGCCCUUCGACGCGUGCAUGUUCGUGUCGCGCGAUACCUCUCCGGAAUUCCGGGAGCGGUUCGACGUGUACAUCUGAGUAACUAUC